CUGCGUGUGGGUGUGUGCCUGAGAGAAGAUGGCUGCGAAACGGGAGAGUGAGAAACCCCCGAUUUGAUGGUUGAGGACAGCCUGGGCGCUGCAGAAACACAGAGGAGAAAAACACUGCUCGAGCUGUGUCAGAGCUCGGCCGAGCCAUCUGUGGAUGUUCGCGUCCUCCCUCCUGUGAUCUAGUGCUGGACUGACAGGAGCACUGACCCAGUUCAACUGCACGGCGGUCUGUCCGCUAGCCCUGCGCUCAUUAUUCCUGGGACAUCACUACACCUCCAACCAGCGAGAGGCUCGGGCAGGAUAACACCGAGGGGACAUUGCGAGUUAGCCGGGCGUUCAGUUAACGAGGCUGUGAACGGGAAGAGUAGAAGGUGGGAAAACUAUGCUUUGAGAGUCAAACCUAGAAAUCCACGCUGUCUUCAGGACCUUCUGUGGUGGAUCUCUCUCUGUCUUAAGAACUAUGAUGCUUUAGCUUUGUAAGCUACACAGUGCUACAGGCAGGCGUGCGUGCAUGUCACGGUAUGGAGUGGUGCUGGCUACAGACCGGAUGACAUUGCUGACCAGCCUUAAUCCCUCAUACUGACUAUCCUGUUAUCGUUACGACCCCAAACGUUGCUGCGGACACCAGUGGGAUUCCGUCCUUUUGAUGUUUUUGCCUCUCCUUCUCUCCAGCACACCUGUAGACUCUAUCUCUUUGGUUCUUUACUUCUGUCAUUCGUUUUCCUUCCCCUCUUUCCCCUCUCUUCUCCUCCUCCUCCUCCUCCUCCUCCUCCUCCUCCUCCUCCUCCUCCUUCUCCCCCUUCUCCUCCUUUCUUUCCCUUCUUUCCUUUCUCUCAUCCUCCCUCUUUCCUUAGGUAGCUCCACGUUGUGACCUUUGGCCCCAGCUAAGCUAAAGAUGAGUUGGUUAAGUCGUAUUACACCCAGGGGUGCUGGCCAAAGGACCGAUCGUAACGCAGCCCCUUCCAGCCUUUGUACUGCUGACCCUGAGACCUGCUUGAUGGUUUUUGAGAAUCAUUGGAGACAGGUGUCAUGGGUGUUGGAGCAGAGAGACUCUGGGUCCGGAGGAGCAGAUGAUCUGACUGCAGUGAGGAAUCACACUGAUCAGAUGCUGUGUCUCCUGGCAGAGGAGAGACCAGCAGGGGGCGACAGUGAUCCACCAGCAAUGGGCCCCAUUCUGAUGUUAGUGGCAUCUGAAAACAUCCUGGAGCGGCUGGUGCAGUGGCAUGUGCGGCGAGGUCUGGACCCCGAGAGUCAGAUGGCGCUGCUGAAGCUGUUUGAGAUGCUGAUCGGCCAAUCCCCUCAGCCUUUGCUCCAGCACAGCGCCGUGCUUCAGCCGCUGCUCAGCCUGCUGGGAGCCUGUGUGGACCCCCAGCUCGGCUGCCCCCCAAGCCUGGAGGCAAGCCUUGUACUGCUGCUUAACCAGGUGUGUGUGUCCAUGGCAAGGCAACCUGCAGUGCUGGAGCUCUUGUUCAGGUGUGGGGCAGUGCAGCAGGGUCCCACUAACCUGCUGAUCUUCUCUCUGCUGGUGCCGUUUAUCCAUCGAGACGGAGCUCUGGGUCAGCAGGCCCGUGAUGCCCUGCUGCUCGUCAUGGCUACCUCUGCCAGCAAUCAUGCCGUGGCCCGCUACAUCGCUGAGAACUCUUACUUCUGCCCGGUACUGGCGACAGGGCUGAGUGCACUCUACUCAUCUCUGCCACGGAAAAUCGAGGUGCGGGGUGAUGAUUGGCACGCUCUGCGCAGGGAAGAUUGGAUGGGGGUGCCGUCCCUGGUGCUCUUCAUGAACAGUCUGGAGUUUUGUAAUGCUGUGGUGCAGGUGGCCCACCCGCUGGUCCGCUGCCAGCUUCUCGACUACCUCCACAAUGGCUUCCUGGUGCCUGUAAUGGGGCCCGCCUUGCACAAGUCGUCUGUGGAUGAGAUGAUUGCGAGCACAGCCUAUCUGGACUUGUUUCUGCGCAGUGUCACAGAGACGUCCCUCUUGAAGACCUUCCUCCGUUUCAUCCUGCUGCAUCGGCACGACAACGACACAAUCCUUGACACACUGCUCACACGCAUCAGCAGCAACUCACGGCUGUGCAUGGUCUCUCUCAGUCUCUUCAAGACUUUGCUCUCCCUCAACUGUGAAGACCUCAUGCUCCAGCUCGUUCUCAGGUAUCUGCUGCCCUGUACACACGUGAUGCUGAGUCAGCGGCGUGCAGUCAGAGAGACUGACCUCUACGGCAAAUCAGCCGAUAAGUUUCUGUCUCUUAUCCCAGAGUGCUGCCGAAUCACCACAGCGUCCUCUAGUGAGAGGGAGGAGGAACCUGCCUUCUGGGGCAAGGUUUUGGGUAGCCCCACUUCAGAGUCUCCAGUCCACCCCAAACCCAGCACUCCAUCUCGCCUGGCUCUUUUCAUCCGCCAGCAAAGCUCUGGCGGUUCAAGCAACCCAUCCUCCACCUCCAGUCUAGACAACACUCCCUCCUCGCCCCAUGGAAGUGUUCCCUCUCCCAACAGCCCAAUGCACCAGCCGCUUGAUGCUUCAGAAGCUGAGUCUGGCUACCUGGAGUACCUGCGAGAUGCUCGCCAUGGCAUUGAGCUGUGCUCCUGGGCCUGUCGGAACUGGUCAGCUCCCUACGAUGGAGAGAACCCGUCCCCAAACACAGCACCGCCUCCACCCCCCCCUCCCACGUCCAAUCCAUCUCUCAGUAUGGUGCCUGAGCACUUUUCCAUGCAGCGUGGUGGACAUACAGAUGCCGCCCAGCAGAGGGCAGCGGUGGUGGCAGCAGCGCGAGCGGAGUGGAGCAGCUCAGACCGAAACAGUGGAGAGUGGGAUGUCACUAUCACCAAAAACUGCAUCAGCCUCACCCCCCGCAGCAAGAAACGCAGCCUCCUGCCCAGCGCCAUCCCUCUGCAGCCUUCAUCAUCAUCAGCCACAGCUUCACUUUCAGGGCCGGCAGAACCUGUAGGUCCGCACCCACACGUGGUUCCUCAUCGAGCACUUUAUAACGGCACUGGACAGGUAGAUGAGUGUGUGGACAGUUCGGAUAGUGGAAUGGAGGUGAAGAAGGUAAAGAGAGAUGCAGAUGUUACAGAUGGAGAAUCAGGCUUGAAUGGAAGAGUUGGUCCGGCCUCUAUUGAAUCCAGUCUUGCCUUACAGGGAGGCUACAGUGAUUUCAACACUGGUACCACAGUGAAAAAACCAGCUUCAUCUCAGGUGCAAUCCAGUGCGCUUCCACAACUCCAACCAAAUCCACCUACCCUACAGCCCUCAUCCCAGGAAUGUAACUCCAGUGAAGGCCAAAGAUCUGCUCCAGCACCAAGCUUGGUCGAAACUUCCCUCACAACCUGCACCACCCACAGCCUGGAGUCCGUUGAGAGCCUUAUUGAGGAGCUGCUGGAGCAGGCACCAUCUGAACCACUAGCUGGAGACUCCAAUGGUCAGGGAAUCAGUAUUGAAGCUUUCCACCAGGAGUUGAGGGAACUAGAGGAGCGAGUGAAAGCAAGGAAAGUUCACACACGAAGCUUUGAAGAGUACAGCCAGGAGCCCCAGUCUGCGUCUCCUGGUCUAAACCGGACAGAUGAGGAGUGUCCUCCGCUGUAUUCCGAGCAGGGAGCUGUUGGUGACUCGAAGCCUGAUGGUUCCGGUACAGGAAUGUUUAGCCCAGCAAGACCCCUUGGGCAACCUCUUGUACAACCAUACAUAGGUCCUUUCAUGACGGUGCUGUUUUCAAAGCUGGAGAACAUGAUGCAGAAUUCUUUGUAUGUGAACAUUCUGCUGACGGGCAUUGUCUUUCAGCUGGCCUGCUACCCUCAGCCUCUCCUCCGCUCCUUUCUGCUCAACACAAACAUGGUGUUCCAGCCCAGCGUCAAGUCCCUGAUACAGGUGCUUGGAUCUGUAAAGAAUCGUAUUGAAUCAUUUGCUGCAGUGCACGAGGAUUUUCCAGCCAUGCUGAGGAAGGCUCGGCGCUUCCUUCUGGCGCGAGGCAAACUGGACUGGACAGACUCGCCCACAGCAGUGCCUCCUCUGCGCCGAUCGGACUCGCUGGUGAAGAGCCGAAAACCAUCUCUGGGCGAUUUGAUCUUGAGGCAUACUAACAGUCCGACACGGGCACGGCACGCGGCUCAGGCUGCACUGGCUCACGUGAGGGACGGCGGUCAGUCUCUGCAUAGUGCCCUCUUCAGGGGCGUUGUGGCCGGGAUGGGGUCAUCUGGGCUGGAAAAGCAGGCAGAGGCACUACGGGUGAAAAACACGGUUUACUGUGCGAUAAUAUUCUCAGAGUUCCUCAAAGAACUGGCCGCUCUGGCGCAGGAACACGCUGUGGCCAUGCCAUUCCCACCGAGCCAGGACACUGAGGAGUGAGGGCCGCUGUCCAGGGGUGCCUGUUGUGUUCAUCCCACCCACUGUUCCAGGCACACAGCUGUAGAAAAUAAACACAAUAUAACUUUCACACCUGUUUUUUUUUUUUCUUAGGAAUCUUUGACUCAUUUGUGGACAAAGUGAUGACUUUAAGAAGAAAAGGAAAGCAUGAGGAGAGACAGGUGUAAUCCCAUGUUUUUAAUCAGUUUUUUUAUCUGUAUAGGAUAUGUAAGCGGAUCAUUGGUAAAGCUUUAGGAAAUUGUGCAUAUAAAUCUUGUAAAUAGUCAAUAUAAAAUAUAUGUGUAUAAUGUUUUUACACAAUACUCUCAGAGCAACCUGCAUCCUUUAAUGUGGAGGUUUGGCGGAAAGCAGGCACUCCAUAAAGGAAAGGUUCUGCUUUAUUUAACUACAUAUCGAUUUUCAUGUUAUGCUGCUGCGCACCCAGACCUUUUUUUAUUAUUAUUGACGCUGUAUUUAGUCUUUUUUGCAGUGAAUCUGACAAGUGAGAAGAAAUUUGAUAUUUGCCUGCAGAUUUAUACAGAUGAUUUUCAGAAUCUUAUAUUAUUUUUAAUAUAAGUUUGAUUGGGCCUUAAUAACUGUAAAAGGAGCCUCCUCUGAACACCCCAUAUAAAAAAAAAAAAAUUAAAUAAAAAAACAAUUUUAACAAGUGCAGUCCUAGUCACUGAAAUGAAGCAUCAUGGGUAACUGAUAACAUGCCAAUAAUGUGAAUAGUCGAUAUUUAGUUUAUGAGGCAGCACCUGUCCUUUGAGUGUGUCUUAAACCAUUUUAGAGUCUUGCCCAAGUAGAAACACUUUUAAAAUCAGAACUGGUAUGCGCAAGAUGAAAUGCAAUCUGCUUUUCUUUUUUAGAAACAUUCUCAUUUUGUAUAGAAACAUCUGUCCUAUUGACCACAGUUACAAAGUGAAAACCAAUUAGCUUUUGUCAAUCACAGAGUGGUUCUCAUCAAUAUCUUGGGUGCAUUUGUUGUGUACCCUGCCACAUUUUGAGUUUACAUAAACAUUGAGGUUGAGUCUUUCGAAUCCAGUGCACAGACAGCCUGAAGAAAUAGUUAAAGACAGAAAUGUUGGCCUUCUGUUCUGAACUGGUUUUGGUGGUUCAUGUGGCAUGUUUUAAGUGCAGGAUCUCCCCUAUGUGGACCCCAAUUAUGUCCUUUGUUUUUGAAAACCUUCAGAGAACAGAGACAAAAUCUCACCACCUGAUCUCAAAGGCAAAGUUGAAGGGUUAAAAAAGAGGUGGCACCGAAGCUUGUGCUCCCAUUCGGAGAGGCUAUCUAAGGGGUUUUGCACUCUCGUAUUUUUAAGUUCCUUUUGUUGGAUUUUAAGUUAUUUUUUUUGUUCUUCUUCUUCAGAUGCAAAGCACCUCAAAGCUCAUGUAGUUCACUCCCUCUUGUGGGGACUUGUCAUUUUGUGAUCACUACAUCUGUUGUACACAUGCCUAGUCUCCUACAGUGAUGGUGCAGAGUGAGAUUUUCCAGUUUAAAGGUUUAAGGUGGGAGGAACAUUUGUAAAACUUUGGGGUAUGUCAUUUGGGGACAUUGAUUUUAGUUUAUACAAUUUAAAAAAUGUUGGGACAGUGGAUAAAAUGCAAAGGAAAAAUAGAAAACAGUGAUUUACGAAUCUGCUUUGACCCGUGUUAAAAUAUUUGAUUAAUGUCAAAUUUUAUACACUUAUAGUGAGUAGGUACAUUUUGAAAUAUUUAGAAAACAUCUUAAACAGGUGACGCAAUUAUGCUUGUGUAAAACAAGUAUCUGGUAAAGAGUCCAUUGUAACCAACGAUGAGUUGAGGCCCACCACUUUGUCACUCUGCCUCUUUGCCACUUUGAUUUUAGGUAUUUUAUCCGCUGCAUUGCGUAUCAUCAUCGAAGAUUCAGGGCAUUUAGAGAAAUCUCUGUGCAUGAAGGACAAUGCUGAAAACUAUGAAUGACCUUUGACCCCUCAGAGAGCAUUGCAUUAAAAAAUGUGCUUGUUUCUAUGAUGGAUAUCACCACAUGGGCUCAGGUGUACAUUGAAAAAACAUCGUCAGAAUUACCGUCCGUAGCUGCAUCCACAAAUGCAAGUUAAGACUGUACUAUGCACAAUGGAAAUCAUACACUAAGUUGCCAAAGGUAUUCACUUGCCCAUCCAAAUCAGUGCGUUCAGGUGUUCCAAUCACUUCCAUGGCCACAGGUGUGAAAAACCAAGCACCUAGGCCUGCAGACUGCUUCUACAAACAUUUGUGAAAGAAUGGGAGUGAUGUCCACCUUCCACGUUGUUUAUGGAAAUAAUGGUACAUUGUGUUCACUGGUAUAAAGAAGAAAGAACCGUCCAGAUUGCAACCAGUGUGGAGUUCAAAAGCCAGCGUCUGUCAUGGUAUGGGAGUUAUUAGUGGAUAACUUGUACAUCUUUGAAGGCACCAUUAACACUGAACUACGCAUGCUUGUUUUAGAUGCUGUCUUUUUCCGGAGUACCCAUGCUUCUUUUAACAAGACAAAGCCAAACCACGUUCUGCACCUGUUACGACAGCAUGGUUGUGUAAUCAGAGAGUGCAGGUGCUUGCAGUCCAGAACUGUCUCCUAUUUAAAAUGUCUGUCUUAUUAAGCUCAACAUAUAACAACAAAAAUUCUUGUGCAAUUGCACAGCUGAAGACUUGUAAAACAGAACAAUGGCAAGAAAUCCAGUCUUCCAAACUGGAUUAGUUGGUGUCUUCAGUCCCCAGAGAUUCAUUAAGUGUUGUUAAAUUAAAAGGAAAGGUGAUGUAACAGAGUUGUAAACAUGCUCCAGGCCCAGCUUUUUUGGAAAGUGUUGCAGGCAUCAGUUUUACACAUAUCUACAAAAAAAAACAGUGAAGCUCAUAAUGUAAAGUAUCGAAUAUUGUUUUUAUACUGUUUUCAAUUUAAUACAGGUCAAACGUUUACUCACUGCUUUCUGCUUUUAUUAGCAUUUCACAUGGUUUCUCAACUUUUUGAAAUUGGGAAAUUCUCAAGUGUCACGUGUCACUGGUAGCAAAACCAUUUAUUGCUGAAAUGAUGACUUUAUAGAAGACAAAAAAAGGUUAUAGAAUAUGAGGGGGUGCUUUGCAUCUAUGACACUUUUUUUUUUAUAAUUCAUUUUAUUCUAUUUUAUGAUUUUAUUUUAUUUUUUUUUUGGGAGCGUGUGAAACAUCAACAAAAACAUGUUAAGCAAGUGACUCUCUCAAAAGGACUGUCGAUGUCAACCUGUGCUGUUGGAAAGGCAGUGAUACUUCACUGGUGUUUUGUGGUGCUCCACCUCAGGCUCAGAAUAAGUGCUCCGUUUAGCUUUCCAUGUGGCUCGUGGCAGGUUUCAAAAAACUAUGCUCCUCUUGGGGAAUGUGCCAAGUUUAAAUAAGCAGAAGCCAUCUCAGUGUUGCAGGAGGCGGUACGUGAUGUUGCAUGAGAUUAGUAUGCUUGAAAAAUGGGUUGAAAAACAGCUGCGACUGCACAGUGGUUAGUUAAAUUUCUUUUGUUUAUUGCCAAGACACUUCUGACACUUUAGCAUCCAUUGUGGAAGUACUGCAUGUUCAAGUGUUUGUGUGAGUUAGAAUUUUCUUUUAAAUGUGUGUACUGCAUUUUGAUUUUUGAAUUUUCUAGUUUGUGAAUCCAUUCACAAGCCAUAGGGACAAUACCUCAUGUUUGUUUGUUUUUUUUUAUUUAAUUUUUAAACAAUUAUUCUAGUGCAAAUUACUUCCUACAGCCAAAUCCUCUCAUGACAUAAUGGUUCUCCUGAAUGAAAAAGGUUGUCAUUUAAAUUGAAGGGGAAUUGGAAUUAAAAUUGUUUGAUCCUAUUUCAUUUACACAUCUACUCUUUAAAUCAGUGUAACAUAAUGAAAGGAGAUAGCAAUGUUGGUUUAAUUGCUAUAGUUUAUAUAGAACGACUGUAGUGUUUCAUCAAUCCAUCCAUUCUCCCCAGCCACCCAUCCGCCCUACUUCUGUCCAUUAUGUGCAGGCUAUUCAGAAUGUUAGUGUGUCAGGUUUGUGGUUUUUUGGGGGCUGGGGGGCUGGACUGUUCUUUUUUUGAGAGCAUGUUUGACAGAGAGUAUGUUCAUGUAUACUGUGUGCCAUGUCAGAUUUGGAGGUUUUUUUUUUUUGAUGUUCUUUUUACAGGAAAUCUGUAAUGCAUUUACUUUAACUGCAAAAUGUCUCAUUUUGUUGUGUAGAGUAUUUCAUUUGUAUUGAAUGUGUGUAACAUAAAUCCAUGUUAAAAUGUUUUGUUAACACAAAGCUCGAUUUGAACCACCCUAAUGUUUUUGUUCAGUUUCUUUAGCCAGGUUACUGGAAAGUGUUGAUUAGUGUUAUGCACUCAGUAGGUAAUUACUUCAAUGGCACAGGGUAGAAUCUAAAGGUGUUUUGUGCUUUUACAGUGAUAUUUUUUUUUGCUUUAAUUAAUCAUCCUGUUUGAAAAACGCUUUGGGGGACACACGAUCAUUGAAUAGCAGAAAUUUCAACUGUCUGUCUUUGAGUGCUGUCAUUUUGUAGUUUUCCAUUUGCAUCUAGUAGAGCCUUGGGUCGACACUUUUUUCUCUUAACUACAAGGAAAAAUAGUGUUUCAGAAACCAUCAAGCUCUGUGAUUAAUGAGGUUCAAAGCAAAUAUGUUUUGUCCUAUGUACAUUUUCCCUCAACUGUAACUGUGCUAAGGUGAACCUGUACUCAAAAUGGACCUCCCACCACCCCCAACUAGCAUGAAGCAAAAAAUUCUCAGCUAGCUCAGAGAGCAUCUGUAAUGCAUGCUUUUCAAAUGUCACGAUAUAAAGGUUCACAUUGAGUUUAA